CCCGAUCCGGCCGCGGCGCGUCGAACCGGGCAGCAUCCUUACCCAGAAACGCAUCCCUCAGAAGCGCGAAAGAAGGGAAAGAAAGAAAGGAGCAAAGGAAAAAAAAUAAAUGGAAUACAAGCUGGGCUGCUGCUGGUGAAUAUGUAGCUAAGCAUCCAUUUAAAGUUUUUAAUCCUGUUUUUCUUUUUUUUUUUUUGCUGAGAUGAAACACUGAGAAGGACGCGGAACUUCCCGGACCCAGGCAUCACAGCACUUCACCUGUGCGUCCGGAGAGGGAGUUCGCUCCGGCGGGGAAAAAAGGCACCUUCAUUAUUACUGAAUCGGGGCUUUAUUAUUGGUGAUACUUAAAUUUCAAGCCAAGCGCGCAGGUGAUGUGUCCCGUGGGAGCCUUUCCACUCGAGGGAAAGGGCACUUCUUGUCGCUUUAUGUUUGACAAUGGAGCGCAAAUGAAAAGAGCAUCUGCUUUGGAUUAAACUGAAAAAGCCGCACCAACAGAAAUGCGGCAGCGGGGGCUGUGCAGGACUUGCGGCUGGAUGGUGCUCCUGGCCUCCUGCCUUGUGGUGCUCUGGGGCCGGACAGUGGCAGCCUCGGCGCACAGGAGUCACGUAGUGCACGUCAAAGCCGGCACGUGUGAGGUCAUUGCGGCCCACCGCUGCUGCAACAAGAAUAAGAUCGAGGAGCGAUCCCAGACCGUGAAGUGCUCCUGCUUCCCUGGGCAGGUCGCCGGGACGACGAGAGCCGCGCCCUCCUGCGUGGAUGCCUCCAUAGUUGCCCAAAAAUGGUGGUGCCAAAUGCAGCCGUGCCUCGACGGGGAGGAAUGCAAAGUGUUGCCGGACCUGACUGGCUGGAGCUGCAGCACGGGUAACAAGGUCAAGACGACCAAGGUCACGCGAUAGUUGCACCCUUCGAGACUCCAACGCCCAAUGAAGGAUGUCCGUUUUUUUUUUUUUUUUUAAAUACACACGUACCCACCAACCUAUAAAUAGCUAUACAGAAUAUACUAACAGUCCCAAGACUGAACCACCCCCUGUCAUGGCUGACUGGGGUUCUUAAAUGCCAGCCCUGUCUUUUGCAGAAUAUCUGCAGAUGGACGAGAGACUCACUGGCCUAAGUAUCGCAACGACAAGACUUUUCAGACGUCAGCCUUUAUCCCAUAAACACGUGACCAUGAAAUCCACCAACGAACUGCCACACCUUUCCCCUACCAUGCUGAUGAAAUUCCUUCACGUUCUUUCCAUGGAUCCGGCUCUGGAUGAAAGUGACUCUCUACUGGGUUGGGAUCCUUUGAAGCGGAACAAGCUGGUCAAAGACGAGGCUGAUUAUCUUAAAAGCCAGCCCAGAUCAGUGGCCUCCAUGCUAGAAGAAUUCCACCCAAGGACACUUACACUACUUUUUUGAUUAACUGAAGCAUUUUUUGUCUUUCAAAACAAGAUUUAAAAUAUGAGACUCUUUCCCUUUUUGAAGAAUCAUAUGGGCUAAAAAUUAUUUUACAAAGGGCCUCCUUAAUUGCAGAAUGAUAGAAUAAUCCAAGUAGAUGUUAUAAUAAAUGUUUAAACGUAUAGGACUGUAAUAUGUGAUUCACAAAAUUAAUCAGUCAACUAAGUCAAGCUCCACCAGUUUUAAUAUCUGUGUUUUUAAAGCCUGGUAAAUGCUAUUGAGUACAUGUGUCAGUAUUAGCUCAAAUAAAACAAUUUCAAAUGAAA